GGAGGAGGCGCAACGCACGCAGAUGUCACAGUUGUCUGGUAUGAUACAAAACUGAAGACUUCAGGAAAUCGAACCGAAACACAACAUUGUUGGGGAGAUUCCCCGCUGUUUAUUCCGGGUUUCUUUAAGUACCCGGUCCGGGGUUCCUUCUUCAGUCUGGCACACAUCUGACUUCAGGGACAUCUUUUAUUUUAUUCAAUUAUGGGGGCUCUAAAUUCUUUACCUGAUGAACCCCAAUACGUUGGUCUGGCGGAGAAAACAGGAUUUUCCUUCGAACAGAUCGGAAUUCUACACAAAAGAUUCAAGCAGCUGAGCAACAAUGGAGAAACUCUGAGGAGAGAAGAUUUCAACACAAUUCCAGAUCUGCUUUGCAAUCCCAUCAGAUCCGAGAUCAUAGAGGCUUUCUUUGACAGGAGAAAUUUCCGGCAGACUGACGCCGUUGGCACGGUGCAUGAGAUCGGCUUCGGGGAGUUCUUGUUGGUCAUGUCCCACUUCAGACCGCCAUCCAUACGCCUGGACGACGAGCAGAAAGAGGUCAUCCGAAUGGAGAAACUCCGAUUUCUGUUCAACAUGCACGAUACGGACAACGACGGCACCAUCACCCUCGAGGAGUACAGACACGUGGUCGAGGAGCUGCUGUCUCGUAGCGGCGCUCUGGGAAAAGAAACGGCCAAAGGCAUCGCAGACGCUGCAAUGCUUGAGGUGGCAAGCAUCUCCAUGGGUCACAUGGAACCCGAUGAGUUUUACGAGGGAAUCACAUUUGAGCAUUUUAAUAAGCUACUGAAAGAAUUUGAAGUUGAAUCCAGGAUGAACAUCCGCUUCAUGAACAUGGACACGACCACGCUGUGCAAGUGACGUGUCCACAUCACAUAAACGUGCACCACUUUGAUGUUACGAGUUUUUUAUUUUUUUAUUAUACUUUGGUUGUUUAGCAGCCUGAGACCUCUCCGUUCACUUUCGUUUUCAACGGCCGUGGACCAAAAGGCCUCUUGAUGCGGCUGGAUAGACCCACGACCCAUCAGAGCCACCCAACGUGUGGCACAUCAGCGGCAUCCAUCCUGGUGGUUUCUGAGAAUUCCUCAGCGGCACACUCAUAAGGUGCUCCUCUGUCUAGUCAUCGUAUUAAACCCGCCCCCCAAAUUAGAUAAACAGUUGUGAUUGGCCCGAUCCGGUUCUGGUUUGCUGGAGAUCUGUCUGAGCGGAUGAGGAGCCAGACACAUUCGCCCCAGAGCUCCUAAGACAUGAGCUUGUAGAUUUGUCUGGUUCCAAGGCGAGUAGUUUAGCAUCCUAUUUUAGAACCUUUGUUGAGUAGUUUGCUAUAAUAUUGCCUUGAUAGAGGUUGAUUAUGUGCACUAUAAGAAUAUAUCCCGUAUAUGCCUUUGUCUUAAUUCAUGUUUAGAUUACUAUGCAGGAACACAGGUUUUCGACACUAUGUUCAGCAUGAUUGUCCGCAAUAUUGUACACAAACAAAGCCCUUAUUUAACAAUCAGUCUGUCAGUAAGCAAUAAUGGUACAGAGGUACUAAGUGUAUCUCCCUGUGCAUGCAAAUAUGGAUGCUCAAACAUCCUAUGAAUGUCAAACCUACGAUAAUCAGGGAUGUGUUAAUGAUGAUGACACACUUUUGUAUGAAUAUGAAUGCAUAUAUUUCAUACCUUUUCAUGUGUUUCAAUAGCAGCCCAAUAAUGCCACUUUUUAUCUAAUAAUGUUUGCACGUGCCUCCAAUAUGAUGACAAUUACUCACACUUUCACAAUUAAACAUUGAGUGAAUGAAA